AUGUGGUCGCCGCUUCUGGGGUACCUAAUAAAUCUUCUGAAAGAGGAGGGUGAGUCUCGCAAGAGCGUGACUCGUCCUCAGAGAGAGCCUUGCGAGUCGGAGCAUGGCGGGUCUGCGAGGGCAGCGGCAGUGCGCGACGCACGGUGGGACGCGGUACACGCGCAGCUGGCUGCCGCCGGCGGACGUCCUGUGCGAGCUCCCACCGCACUCCUCAUCCUUCACACAGACCUCUAG